CCCCCGUAAAAAAAUAUAUAAAGGAUGUGAUCGAUUUUAAGAGGGUCACGGUUAGGUCAUGGGAUAGUCGAGGUUAAAAAAAUCCCCCUGCUGAAAUCGGUCACAUGGGUCAACAUUUUCCCGUAAAAAUGUAUCACACUCGUCAAAAUCUUUCCAAAAGUCUAUACAUUUUUCAUCAAAAUUCACCUAAAGACUAUUUAAUUCGUCAAAACUCUUACUUAAAUUUAUAAAAUUUGUUCAUAUUCCCCCCAAAGAUUUUAACAAAUUGAUGAAAAUUCACCUAUAAAUCUAUUAAGUUCGUCAAAAUUUCCGUAUGAAUACAUCAAAUUCGUCAAAAUUCCCCCAAAAAUCUAUCAAAUUCGUCAAAAAAUCUCCCACAAAUCUAUGUAGUUCAUCAAGAUUCUACCCAAAAUUGCUCAAAUUCGCCCAAAAAUCUACCAAAUUCGUUAAAAAAUUCACUUCAAAUCGAUCACAUCCUUUCCCCAUACAUAUUUACAUACAUAAAUCUCCCCCAAAAUCAAUAUAUUUCAUUCAAGUGCAAAUAUUCCCAGAAAUUUAAAACAAUUUCGAAAACAUUUACUGAAAAAAAUGUGUACGCAAAGAUCAGUUUUUUCCGGUGUUAAGUAUUUCAUCAUCCCGACAUUUGACAUUGCAAAUCGUCACCUCAUCCUCAGUGUCAUCUCACCUCUACGUCAAAACUUGUACUGCGCGUGGACGUAGUAACACAACGAAAAAAAAUAUAACAUAACAUAACAUACCUAAUUUAUUAUGAUAAGUAUGUGUUAUCAAUCACACAACUAUGACUCGACACAACCAACGGAGGACCUUAUCAAGAUCUUCCCACUGCAUAAAAACGCUCCACCACCUACCAAUUUCCCAUCAAUUGAGAAAUAAUCCCCGUCAAUAAAUCGAUAAUCAAUUAAUCAAUAACCGAAAAAAUGGUGCGCUAUUUCAUCGCGACGUUAUUAUUUUUCGCCGUCGCCGUGACCUCGCAGUCCACGUGGUCAUCUGACGACGAAUUUUGCUAUCAAGGAGACGAUUGCGGUCCGUCCAGUCCGAAAUGGGCGGGCGAAUGUCAAACAGGGGCGCGUCAGUCGCCUAUAGAUUUUAAAUAUCCGCUCGUUCGUAAACCUGGAAAAGUUGUGGAUCUCUCCUUUGAAACGGCGGGGUAUCAGGCGGCGUCAGGAUUUUGGGUGCAAAAUAAUGGGCACACGAUCCAGGUUAGUUUGACGGAGGAGUUGCGGUCAGAGGGUGCGAUGUGGGGGUACGGGAUGGAGGGGACCAAGUACAUCUUUGCCCAGAUCCACUUCCACUGGGGAGAAGUGGACGAUGGCAGUGAGCACACGGUGGCUGGAAAACAUUGGCCCGUCGAGCUACAUUUGGUCCAUUACGACCAAAAGUAUGGGUCCUUUGCAAAUGCGGCUAGUUCAGGUGACCCGAAAGGUCUCUCCGUUCUUGGCGUCUUCCUUUCCGCGGGGUCCGAAUUUGAUGAGAAUUUAGCCUUCGACACGAUCGCGGAUCAUCUCCCCCUUUCCUACCAAGACCACCCGGAACACAUUACCACUUCCGGUUUGGACUUGACUUCCCUCCUUCCGAAAGAGGGGGCACCCUUCUUCCGCUACAUGGGCUCCCUCACCACUCCAAACUGUACCGAAGCCGUCGAAUGGACCGUCCUGCUCGACCCGAUACCCGUCAAACCAUCAGAAAUUAAGAAGUUCCAUGACGUCCUGGACCACGCUGGGGUUCCGAUGGGGCUGAAUUUUCGCCCAGUUCAGCCUCUGGGGGACAGAGUGGUCGAAUUUUUGGUCCGGGGGGCUGACCAGACGAGGACGGGGGGCGUCUCGAGACCAACAGCGGCGUCAAUGGGGCUACUUUUUUGCACAAUUUUGCACUUUUUGUGGUCAAAUUGAGCCUAGAAUUGCACACUUUUUAAUAGAAAAUCUAGUCAAUAAUUUAUCCGCACUAAAAAAAAUCUCACUAAUAAUUUAACUACCUCGUAAACUAGAUUAAAAUUAAAGAAUAAUAUUUUAACACAUUUUUGUAAACCUUAAAAGUCGAGAAAUAAAGAUGGAGGUAAAAUGAAUGGGGAUUAUUUUAGCACAUUUUCCCCUACAUUCAAACCUAAUUACGCGUUUUGCAAUAAAUCAACAAAUUUCUUAAAAUA